GACGAGCGACUGUAAUUUCACACAGCUUCGCCGAUGACAAAGUGAGGAACUGGAAGCGGAAAGCCGACAGCGACCGCUAAAAAACCCUCCAGUCAUGUGCAUAUAUACGUGACGUCAUUUUGUUGAAUAAAACGCGAAUACGGGCCAUGACAGACGCUCGGUGCAGCUUCACGAGGGUAAUGUGACCACAGCGGAGUCGUAAACAAAACAGGCUGGGAGCUGCACUCGCAGGAGCGGCAGAGCGUCUGAAAGGAAGAGCGGCUUGGACUCCGAGCGCUUCGAAGUCGGACGGGUGUCGAUAUCGCAGAACGUGACCGAUAGAACUCGCGCGUAAAGAACGGAGCUAAACGGCGUUUGCCAUGGAAACCAGUGGCAACAUUUCGGACUUUCUCUACGCGCUUUCGAACCCGGCGAUGUCGAACAGCAGCGUAUUCUGCCGAAACUUCAGCAGCAGCUCCGGUCUCGUGAACGCGAACGGCUCCAGAUGUGACAGGACGGCUGAGCUGGACAAAAGCGCGACUCCUGUGAUAGUGGCGAUCAUCAUCACCGCGCUGUACUCUAUAGUGUGCGUGGUGGGACUGGUGGGCAACGUUCUCGUCAUGUAUGUCAUCAUAAGAUACACCAAAAUGAAAACUGCAACCAACAUCUACAUCUUCAACCUCGCUUUAGCAGAUGCCUUGGCAACAAGCACUCUCCCGUUCCAGAGUGUGAAUUACCUGAUGGGUACGUGGCCCUUUGGAGACGUUCUGUGCAAGAUCGUGAUGUCCAUUGAUUACUACAACAUGUUCACCAGUAUCUUCACCCUCACCACUAUGAGCGUUGACCGUUACAUUGCUGUUUGCCACCCGGUUAAAGCCCUGGACUUCAGAACCCCCCGGAACGCCAAGAUUGUCAAUGUGUGUAACUGGAUCCUCUCAUCUGCCAUCGGCCUCCCAGUCAUGGUCAUGGCAUCCACCACUACUGAGUACCACAGCAGCCAGUUUGCCGUCAUUGACUGCACUUUGCUCUUUCCCCAUCCUUCCUGGUACUGGGAGAACCUCCUGAAGAUCUGCGUUUUCAUCUUUGCCUUCAUCAUGCCCGUCCUCAUCAUCACCAUCUGUUACGGCUUAAUGAUCCUCCGCCUGAAGAGCGUGCGCAUGUUGUCCGGCUCCAAGGAGAAGGACCGCAACCUCCGGCGCAUCACCCGAAUGGUCCUGGUGGUGGUGGCGGUUUUCAUCGUCUGCUGGACUCCGAUCCACAUCUUCGUCAUCAUCAAGGCCCUGGUGACCAUUCCCAACUCGCUCCUGCAGACCGUCACCUGGCAUUUCUGCAUCGCCCUCGGCUACACCAACAGCUGCCUCAACCCGGUGCUCUACGCCUUCCUGGACGAGAACUUUAAGCGCUGUUUCCGCGAGUUCUGUGUUCCCAGUCCGUCCGUGCUGGACCUCCAGAACUCCACACGCACCAGGAACCCCCAGCGCGACGGCCAAUCCAGCGGCCACACGGUGGACAGGACGAAUCAGCAGGUAUGACUAGUCCUGGAAAUGUCAUCACUGGAGUCCCGCUGCCAGCCCAGUGUUGACAUGAGCUCGGAUGUCACGCAGGUCACCACGGGUGUCUAACACCUUCACUUCUAGGACCCGCGGUCGAGGUCAAACCUCUUAAGCGUCUUGCUAGGCCUCCCGCACAGAGCUGGAGAAAGACUGUUGAAGUCGAUUUCAGUAUGAAAUACGAUACAUAUACUAGAUUAUUAACCCCAAAUGAACCUAAUAAGCUGAGCUUAUUUCACUAUCUGUGAUGUUCACAGCCAAGCAUCCAAUGUGUUCAUUAGGUUAGUCCAGCAUUCAAUAAUUAUGUAUAUGUACUGUACAGAGAGCAUCUUGAGUCCCCUUAAACAGAUAAACGUUACUUAAAAUGCUAUAUGAAUAAUUAUUUUAUGAUUGAUAACAGUUUUAUUUGUAGGAAGAAAAUAUGGAAAAUGUAAAUUAUGUAUUUAACAUAAAAUGUUCAGCCUUUAGUGUAUUUGUCUUUGCCUUAAAUCAUACAGUAUUUCAAUUUUUGCUUGCUUUUAUAGCCAGCAAAGCAAUUUGUUGAAGCCGUCUUCAGUUAUGUUCCUUUGUAGUGAUUGAAAUGAAUCAUCAAAUGACUGUUGGAUGUGACGUGUGCACUGUUUCUCUGAUUUAUCAUGGACUUCGCAGAAAAGCAGAACACAAUAACAAAAAUGCCUUUUGCAACAAUAGAUCAUUUUCAUGCUUUGGUGGUGACAAAUGUAUUGUGCUUGUACUCUGAUGAAAAUCUCUUGUACUAAUGUAAAAGUCCAAUGUAAUUGUCUCAUUGUCACUCACGUUCUGUCUGAAAAAAGGAAAUGUUAAUUGCUCUAAAAUACCUUCAAUAUGUGCAGGUGUUUCUGUAAGUUUUUAUAUGCAGCAUAAUAAAUAAAUCUUUCACACUAGAGCACGUGUUUGUAGGGAGUUGGCGUUGCAUAAUUACAUUUGAUUAGAAAGCUAUGCAACUAUAAUGUGUGUAAAACUAUUGUGGAUCUGAAAAAUAAAU